AUGAUUAAAAAUGAAGAUAACUCUAUAGACAAUAGUUUAUAUAGGUCUUUAGAUUUAAAUGAAAUUGACACAAAAUUAUACAAUUUUUCCAUUGGUAUAGUCACUGCAACUAAUCAAAAGCAACAAAAUAACAAUAAGAAUAAUUUACAAAUCAGUAAUAGAAAUUAUGGUAUUAAUAAAUUAAAUUUAGAGAUUAAUUUUGAAAAACUUGAUAUUCAUUCAUCCAAUGAUGCAACAUGUUUAAAUAUUGACAAUAAUAGUAUCUUAAAUAACAGUAAUAGUUACGACUAUGUCUUGGAAGAAAGUAAUCAAAACCAUCAAAUCACUAAAACUAUAUUAAAAUCACUUAAUUUUUUAAAUAAUAAUUAUCCAACAAUUUAUAAUCAAUUUAAACAACAUCAACAACAAUCAUUAAAUAUUAAUUUCAAUGAAAAUCAUGGCUAUCUAUCAUCAUUCACCUAUUUUAAUAAUAAUGAUGAUAAUAACAAUAAUAAUAACUUUAAUAGUUAUCACUUAAAUUAUAAUGAUUUAACCUUUAAUAAUAUAUCAAACUAUGGGCUUAUUAAAUUAUUUAUUGACAAGUCAAGAGAGAAUGGUACAAGUUCACAAGUUAUUGAAUAUCAGUUGUCAUUGCUUUACAGUGUGGCAAUUAUUUAUUGGUUAAUAAUUAGUCAAACAAUUCAGCAACAAUCAAGUGAUAUUUUAUCAAAAAGUUUAUUAUACAGAAUUUCAUUACAUAGAAUCCAAAAUUAUAUUUUAUCUCUAAGUGAACAAGACUAUUGUUGUUUAUUAAAAGCUUUUGAGGUCUCAAAUGGCCUACUAGAUUCUGAUCAUUUAUUCCUAGACUAUAUAAAUGAUAUUAAAUCAAUUAAUCAACAACAGCUUAGUUGCUUUGAAAAGUUAAAGGUUUCACCAUCAAUUGAUACCAUUGCUUUAGAACUAUAUUUUUCAGAACAUUCAAAUACAAUCGAUAGCGAAUUAAUGAAUGAAACAAUUGAAAAUGUAAUAAAGAAGAGAGAUACAAAGGUUUCAUGGUAUAUGGGUUCAGUUCGUUUAGAUUCAUGUUAUGAAAGAGACCAAUUAAAGAAAGCUUUAUCCAUUGAUGAUGUUACAGAGAGGAGAUAUGCAACCUAUCAAGUAAUUAAAAGAUUUGAUCCAUUAAUAGAAGAGUUUAAUUCAAUUCGUUUAUCAAAUCAAUUCAGAGAAGACGCUUCUAUUGAACACCAACCAAAGUCAUUUAAAAAGAAUAUUGUUGUAGGUAGAGAAAGUAGAGCAUUUUCUAAUCAGGCUACAUUGUUUGCAAGUAGCACUAUGGUUGAAAUUGACCGAGUCACCAGAGAAAUAAUCAAAGAUAUCGCUACUUCAUUAGAUAAACAGUACUUUAAUUCAUUAUUUGAAAAGCAAUUCAGUCAAAUGAAAAACAACAAAUUAAAUUCAUUCAGACUUAAAUUAUUGGAGCCAAUUAAACACUUAUUGGCAAGUAUAGGUAGAUUUUCAAGCUUAUCUUCUAAAAGGGUACAGUCCAUUACUCAGAUUCAUGGGGCAAUUAUCCAACUAAAAGAGACUCUUACAAUUGUACAUGGCAAGUGUUAUCAAAUGAUUGAUGAGUUUAAUACUCGUUCUACCAAUUUGCAUGCUGAAGGUUCCACACGUACAUUAAACUUAUCGCAAUCCAACAACUUUAUUCAACUAUAUCGUUUUAUUGAUAAUCUUUAUGCAAGAGGUUAUGGAAUUGUAUGGGGCCAUCUUUAUCGUUUAGAAGAACAUGUGCUCGGGUCGAGAAAGGAGUAUUCAACAUACAGUGUAUUACUUCAAAGACCAUCAAUGAGUGGUUCAGAAAGAUUCCGUACAAAUGAUUUAGAACCAAAGCCAGAACAAGAAGAAUCUCUUCAAAAGCUAAUUAGAAUAGGUGGUGAAAAUAUCCAUAUGAGUCCAAGUAAUUGCUGGGUGGAACACUGUACCGAUUUAAUCGAGGCCGUACCGCUAUUUAUCUAUGAACGUACUCAUGUUAUUGAUGGCAAAUCAACCACAGUAUUUGAAGUUGAUCAAGAGGGUUUAGAGUUAACAAUCCGUUCAUUAGCAGAUCCAUGGUCAAAGAAUAUUAAAAUUACAAUGGAUACAGAGCAUUUGGCUUUAGCAAGAGAAUUCUUAGUUUUAUCAGAUCAAGAACUAUCAUCAAAUGCUCAAUCGUUGUUAGACCAAUACCCAAAUCUUGAAAAAGAAUUUAUAUACCGUAAUUUACUUAUUAAUCAAAAGGAUCAAAUAAUAAAACUAGCUUUGCAUUUAGAAAACGAAUUUAAUUCAAAUAUAAACAAGAUUGAACAAAAUAUUGAACUAAACUGGAAAAAUUCAAAAUUUAUAACAAGAUUAGAAUCAUUUAAAGAAUUUUUAUUAAACCAAUCCAUUUCAUUGGAAAAAAAAAGCAAAUCAAUAAACCUAUCAUCUAUUAACCAGAACAAGUUAUCCGAAUUUAAAUACUACUCAUUAAAGAAACAAAGAAAUUUACCAGCUUUCCAUUUGCUAACUACUGAAGCUCCAGGUUUAGUUGAAGGUUUUAUUCAAGCAGUUUUAGAAGAAGAAAUGUGUUUGAAGAAUAUUGUUGAACAUCAUCACUUGGAAGCUCAAGUCAAAGAGAAACAAAAUCAAUUUAGAAAUGAACUCUUAACAAUUGGUAAAAAAGUUAUUGAAGAGUUUAACUAUCAACCAAUCGUAGAGCAACGUAUGAAUCAAUUAAAGAUUUCAAAUACUUCAGCAAUUCUUUCAAUCAUUUCCGAUAAUAUUAUUAUUCAGAAACAAGUUUCACUUUUAGCAGUAUUAUAUCAAUUGGACCAAAUCGAUACAUUAUUAAAAAACAACACUUUUAGUUUAGAAGAAGCUAUUAAACAUGAACCAAAGGGGGUAAUCAAAAUUUUAGAAAAUAAUUUAAAUUAUAAUGAAUUUGAAAAGAAAGGUAUUGAGUUUAUUUAUCAUCAAAAUAAAACUGAUAAAGAACUUUCAUUAUUUUCAUCAUCCAUGGAUGAGGUAGGAAAUGUUAUAAAGACAACUCAGCCAUAUAAGAAUGAAUUGCAAGCAUUUAUUCAUUGGGAGGCAAGAUUAAAACUAUUGGAUAAUUUAGAUAAAGAAAGACCGGAAUUAUUUUUAUCCAACCGUUUAAAUAAAUUCCAUAGAAACCAUACAAGUUUAUCACUAACUACCGCAAGAAGAUCAGUAGUUUCAGAAAAUUCACUACUUGACCAAAUGAAUAAUCCAAUGUUCUCUUAUAGCUGCGGUGCAAUAAUCUCUAAAGAUGCUUCAAUCAGACCAUCUGGUAUGAGAAAGCGUUAUCAUUUUGUUUAUGGUCCAUCAAGAGUUAAUUUGGGAAAAGAUGAAAGAAAGAGUGUUGAAACUUGGCCUCAAUUCGUUGGUGUUACCGAUCCAUUAUGUGCUAAACAUGCAUUCGAUUUCUAUAGUUUAAUUAAUCAUAAUCCUAUUAUUCGUACCAUUACUGCUGCUGAAAAUUUAAAGGUUUCAGAAAAUCAAAAUACUGCAUUAACAAGAUCCAUAAGAAAUGUUCAAGCACUAUUUGUUGAACGUUUAGGAGUAGGCGAUAUAGAAGAUUUAGCAUACCAAUUCAAUCAAAGAGGUGGUUUAGCAGUCGCAUUACAUAAAGAGUCGGAGGGUUUCAGUGGUGCAAAUCCAACAGCUGGUUAUUGUAUUCCAAAGGAUUUGCUUUUUAAAUUAUUUGUUGUUACUCAUCAAGAUAGUAGAAAACUUUCAAUGAUUGGUAUACCAUGUCAUUUACACACAAUGAUUAUUCAAAUGAUGAUUGAGAUCUCUUCAAGACAAUGGCAAUUCCAAACAAACGGUGAAUGGGAGAAUUGGGCAGCUAAACAAUUUACAGAAGGUACCAAUAAUAGUUUAUUAAAGAAAUUCUGUGGUCAAUUUUCUGAUGAUGUAUCAAAAUAUAUGGAAAAGUACAUUCAAGUUACUGGUGGAAUUGUUGUAUUACAUGUUUCAAAACUUUGUCAAAUUCUUGGUAAAACAGGUAUUCCAUCACCAUUAGUUAAUUGGCAAAAAGACUUACACUCAGCACUAUGGAGCUUCUGGGCCGAGAAAAAGAUAACAUUGGGUGGCGAACAAGUCAAUAGAUCAUUGGUAUUCCCAUUAACUCUCAGUAUUCCAGAUAGUGGUAAUCAAGCUAUCGCUUUAAAUCCAAAUUGUAAGGGUUUACCAAGUGAAGAUAAAUUAAGAGUCCAUAUGUUUGGUGUUUAUAAAGGUGACGAUGAUCAAAAACCACCACCAGAUGUUCGUUUUGCAUGGGUAAUGAGGGCAUUUAUGAUAUUAAGUGGCCAUUAUAAAGAAGUUGCAUUAUCUUUGGAUGAAGAAGGCCAAUUAAUAGCAAGAUUAUCAUGGUUAGGUUUUAAUCCAACAUCAAACCAUCCUGAAGAUAUAGAGGCAAGACGAUAUUUAGCUCAACAGUUUUUAAAUUGUAAUGACUUUGACCAAUCAAAUAAAGAGCAUAAAGAAAUGAUAUCCAAACUCAAAGAAAGAUUCCCUCCUCAUUCAACUGUAGGUGAUAUUACUGUUACAACAGUACCAGGUGUCGAUAGUGAAGAUCUAUUAGGUUUUUCUGCUGAAACAUUACAUUUAUUAGGUGAUGAUGCAACAGAAGCUUUAGAGUAUUUAAAGAGUAAAGGUAUAUCAAUCGAUCAGUUAAAGGCAAAUGCUCAACUUCAUAGACAGUUCAUUGAUGAGUGGAUACCACUCUGCAAUUUACCAGAGAAUGAACGUGAUGAAAUUAAAAGGGAGAUAGGUGGCAAAAUUCAUCCAUUGGUAUUAAGACUUAGAGGUCCUGGAAACGAUUUUUUUAAAGAUCUUCAAGGUCAGGAUGUAGUGGUAUUCUCAAUUACACACCCACAGCUUUUGGAAUUAAACCCUGCCACUCUCAGAGAUUUAAUGAUCAUUGGUCGUCCAAAUAGUAGUCUUUGUGCUUUAGAUUUUGUUAGUCAAGGAAGACAUCGUUGUUGGUUUGAAAGAGAUGUUAUGCUAUGGUAUGCUUCAUGUUUAUCCAUUGACUCAAAUGGUGUCUAUAUGACCGGAACUGAUACCUGGAGAAAUCGUAAAGUAAAUGGAAGGAAAUCAAUCUAUCGUUCAUUUGGCUGGGGUAAAGAUCAAUAUCAACCAUUCUUGGGUACAGAUCUUCGUGAAGAAGUUUAUAGACAAGAAGAUCGUGCAAUCAUGUGCUUUGAAUACCUCGAAAAUAUUUACAAUUCUACCGAUGAUAAAGAAACUCUAGAACUAAUCGAUAAAUUUAAUUUUGUUAUGUAUGGUAAAAACUUUAUUGUACCAACACUUGUAGAAAAUAAAUCAAACUCAUUAUUUGGUAAUUUGGAAAAUGAAAUAGAACUAUUGAUCCAAUAUGAACAAAGAGUUCUCUUGGCUAAUAGAUCAAGAAAGAGAGAUUUCAUCAUUAGUAAAUCAUUGCAGCAGCUAAUAGAUAAACCAAAUGUAUCAACUAUAUCACCAAUCCAUUGGUUGUCAAUCGGUGGUUAUUUGUUAUUGAAUGGAGCUACAUCCAAAUUCCAAACUAGGGUUUUAACAAUGAUACAAAACUCUUAUCAAAAAAUCAAUAAUUUAAUUAAAUUCUUUAAUGAAUCCAACGCAAAAGAAGUUGAAUACGACUUAUCGGUAUCAUCACUAUUCGAUCAACAAUCACAAAUAAAAGAAUUGAUUAUUCAGCAAUUAGCUCCAAGUAAAAUCCAAUUAAAAGAUAGAAAGGGUAAAAUGUUUAGUGUAAAAGCAAGUGAAGAGCAUGUUGAAACUGGUGUUACAAGAAGGAAGGAAUUAUUAUUACAAUCUAAAAAGAAUCAAAUGAUGAAAUCAAAAACAAAUGGUUUCAAUUCUUUAAAAAAUUCAAUUUCUCAUUCAUCAUUGACAAGUAUCAAAACAAUGUUGUUAAUACCUAUUCACGAAAAUAUUAAAAAACUAAAUUAUUAUUUACUCAAUAUCGGCAACAGUAAUAAUAAUCUUAAUAGCAGUUCAAGUAGCAUUUCGUUACAAUCAACCUCAAUCGAAAACUCGUUUGAAAAAAUUAAUUAUUUAAUUGGUCAAAUUUAUCAACUAUCAACAAAUGUUUUAGAAUCAUUAGUUCAUUUAAUACUUAUGAACAACAGCAAUACCAUCAAUGAAAAGCAAACACUCUUAAAACUUAUUAGCGAACUUUGUAUUAAUGGAAAUGAAAUUGAUAUCAAGGUUUGGGAUCAAUUAGUUGGAACUUAUGAAAGUUUUGGAAAAAUAACACCUUUGUAUCAAGAGUCCCACAAUAAUCUUUCAUAUGACGAUCACAUUGAAGUAAUUUCAAUUAUUUCUGAAGUCCUUAGUACUUUGCUAUUAUUCGAAAAGACAGGAACCUAUUUAUCUUUAGAAUCAAAUGAAUAUAAUGAUCAAGUAGUAUGGAGAUCUCUAGCUGAAUUCUUUGCCAAAACAAUUGACGACCAUUAUUCAGAAUAUACACCAUGGACAUUAGAUCCUAAAAGAUAUUCUUUAUUCCAAGUUAAUUUUGACGAAGUAGGUGUUAUGUUGGAAGGAAAGAGAGAAGAGCAAUUCAAAAUAUAUUGGUCAUCGCAUCGUAAUCUAUAUGAAUAUAUUAGAUUGCUAAUUAUCAACAAAACAUCAUUAAUUAACCAAGUUACAAUAAACAAUUUAACUAUUCAACUAAGUGAUUUAAGUGCUAGUACAAACUCGGGUAUUAGUAAUACAAGUAACACUUCAUCAGCAUCAAGUAAUAUUUAUUCAUGUAUAGAUUUGCUUUUAGGUAAAACUUUCAUUUGUCCUACCGAUCAAACUGAACAAGAUAAUGUUAUAAUUCGUGCUAUAGGUGCUCUAGCCCCAAAUCAUUACGAAUUGUUAUGGAGAUCUUAUAAUCAGUUAAGAGAAAUAGUUUUCAUUAAGAAUGAUGGUUUCCAACCACCUCGUGUAUUUGCAAUUCCAAUCGAUCCAUAUUUAGAAGAAACUCUUGAUGCUUCAAAUAAAGUUAACCAUUGUUAUCUUUCUCCAGUUGGUCGUACUCAUUAUGCAAGUUCAUUAAUGGAGGGCCCCACAUUAAAAGACAACUUAUUUAUUACUCGUGAUGGCCACUUUAUAGAGGAAGAAUCAAGCAAACAGAGAGUAUUGACUAUUAAUGACGCUUUCUAUUGGAUCAAUGAAACCCAAUAUAGAUUCUACCUAAAGAAUUAUUUAUUAAUGUCAGAUCAAUCUAUAGAAAUCAGAGUAAAGAAUGAUUAUCAAUCUAAAGUUUUAUUACCAACUAAAGGAGUAUUAAUAGCCUCAAGAUUUGUUCAUCCAAUUGCUAUUGGUAGCGUUAUAACAUUACAUCAUCACCGUUUAGAACCAACUAUUUCCAACAGUGGAUAUCCAACAACUGAUAAAUCACCAUUCCUAUAUGAAAUGACCUAUAACAAAUCAUUAUAUCCAUUGAUCUUCAACGAAAAAUCCAAAGUACUUUUACCACCAGAAAUUGAUUGGCUUCAAAUUGAAACAGUUGAACACUUUAAACAAAAUCCAAACCAGUAUCAAGAGCUAAUGAAAAAGAUUGAAGCAAGAUUAUUACCAUUUGUUCAUCAAUACCCUAUUAUCAUUGUAAAGGGCGCAGCAGAAUCUGGUGCCAGAAAUUUAUCACGUUUCGAUUUAUUAGAAAAUCAAGAUUCAGGAACAGGAGAAAUUUCAAAAAAAGUUUUACAGGAUGCAUGCGAUUUUAUUUUAAAUAUUUCAAAGUCUCAAAAUGUUGUAAUUCAAAGAGCAAUCAUCUCCUCACCAUUAUUUUGGAUGUCUCAUAAUUCUGUUAAAAAAAUGGUUGAAAGACAAAUCAAUGAUUAUGGUGUUGCUUUAGAACUAAAUAGACAUCCAAAAGAUUCAAUAUAUGGAACACUACGUAUUAUAUUAUCAAGUUCAACUGCGAAAUCAAAUUCACAACAAGAUUUGGAUAAUAUCGAAAAUUGGAAAGCCUCUCACCCAAUUACACUAAAUAGUUUACAGAUUGCAACUAAUGUAGGUAGACAAGGCCAAUUAGAACUUUUAACAAAAGAAAUGAUAAAACCACAAUUAAGUGAUUCGUUUAUUAAAGGCUUGGAAGAUGCAGGUAAAUUAGUUAUGUCAGCAAUGUCAUCGUUUGGACCAACUUAUUGGAAUAAACCCAUUGAACUAUACGAUCAAUCAUUUAAAUCAUACCACGAAAGAUUCCCAUCAGUUAAUGAAUUUGAUGCUCUAGGAACCCCAAUUUGGUGGCCACGUUAUUUAAUGUUAGAUUUUAUUCCAGAACCAGUUUGGGUAAAGAAAGGAACAGAUCAAAUUAUAGACUAUUAUAGAAUUAUCGAUAUAUCAAUCCCACCCACUACUGAAAAUGUUAGUGACAGUCUAAUUGAUAAUUCUAUUUGCCCCGUCACUUAUUUAUUAAAAGAUCUUAAAACUGGUGAAGAAUUUGAAGGUGAAGUAAAAGGUAUGAAAUUCUGGCACUUGGAACCAAAUGUUGGUAUAGGUUUAUGGACAAAUGUCGCUAAAAGACAAAUUGAAUUAUAUAAAAAUAAACAAACACAGCAAAUAGAUUGGAGUAAUGUUGGUGAUAAUGAUCGUAUUGUAAUAUCAAAUAUGUUAAAUGUAGGUCGUAAAUUUGUUUCAACUCUAUCUAAAUCUCUUUUAGCUCAAAUUAAAUCAACAAUUUUAAAUUUUGAUGACAAACAAUAUCAACAUUCAGAUUUAUCAAACUCACUAAGUAGUGGAUAUAAUAUUGGUACUCAAUCUCAAAGUGGAUCAAACAAAAGGCCAUCAAUUACAAUAAUAAAUGAUCAACAACAUAAAGAUCAAAACAGUCAAAUUUCAAAAGAUUUAAUUGAUAAUAUUAAAUCAUCUUCAACUCUUAAUCAUUUAAAAGAUAACCCGGAAGAAUUUAUAAAUAAUGGUAUUAAAUUAUGCAAAAACUAUUUAAAAAAUAAUCUAGAUAAAUAUCAUAUAGAAAUAGAUAACUAUUUAUAUUCAAUUGUAAACGAUGACAACUCAAUGGAUGACAAAUUAAACCUAUAUCUAAAGAGAAUUGUUGAAAGAUAUUUCGAUAGUGUCAUAAGUCAAGAUCUUACACCCUAUGUUGAAAUUAUAUCACCUGACAGAGAAGAAAUGAAAAUGGGUGAUGGUAGCAUUUGGAUAGAGCCAUAUAUUAAACACCCCAAUACAUUCGCUGUAAUUACUGGUAAAGCAACUUUGAUGAACCACCACUUCUAUCCAUUUUUCCAAUCUUUCCAAUUAAAGAUCAAUAGUUUGUACUCUGAAGAUAGCUUCCCAUUGAACGUAAUUGGUAUAAACAAGGAUUGGAUAAAAUAUAAUUCUGAUGAAGGCUAUGCAUAUGUUACACGUUGUCAAGUACUUAGCAGAGAACGUUGCCCAACUAUUUUAGAGUUUAAUGUACCAUCAAAUAUUAGUUUAAAACUCUCAAGUUGUUUUAUACUGGAAUUAGAUAAUACCGAAUUAGGCGAGGAAACAAAUCUACAUCAAUCGAUCUCUGAUGAAUUAAAAAAACAUAAUGUUUUCAUUAUGAAUGAUUAUUCUAAGAGUUUAGAAAGAUGCGACGAUAAGUAUUGGCUAAAAUCAAAUAUUCCAAAAUGGUUCCAAAAUGGUGAAAUUAAAACCAAUCAAUCUAUAGCAUGUAUUCAUUUGGGUGAAAUAUUAACAGAAAGAGAUAUCACAAAAAAAGUUGAAAAACAAGCCCCAGAACUUGAUUUAUUAGAUCUAAAUUUAGUUAGCCAUUCACAAGUAGAAAGAGGAGUUAUUCUUCAGCCAAAAUCAAAUACAACCGAAUCUGAAGGGGUUGAAUAUUUUGCACCACCAAACGCAAUUAAGAAAGCUGUUCAAAAUCUAAUGCAAAAACUUGAUAGUAACGACUCGUCAUCAUCAGAAGAGUAUAUCAUUUCCCCAUUUAUAGACUCUGUUAAAACAAAAUCAGACAACAGACGUAUUAUUGUAAGAAUCAAUGCAUGCAUCGGUGGUUUAACAACGAUUUCUAUAGUCAAGGCAGGUUCCCCAGAAGAAUUAAUUAUAUCACCAGGUGUUAGAGGUUCAAAAUGGGUAAUGGUUUCAGAAGUAUUAAAUGAUUUACCAAUAUCUAUUAAAAAGAAAGAUUGGAUAUCAUGGGCAAAUAUUGCACAUUCAAUAUUAUCUGAAAUAGAGCUCCCUAUAGUUGGUAUUGAUAUGAUACUCUGUCAUGAUACCAUUAAACAAUGUUAUACACCAUAUAUUUUAGAAGCCAACUCAAGACCAGGAAGUUUAAUAAUGGCAGAACAACUAUUCUUUAAAGAUGGAGAUGAUAUGAAUGCAGAGUUCGAAUCCUGUCACAUGUCGACACCAAUAUCAACUUAUUUUUGGUGUAUGGUAUUAAGAAACUGUCACCUAUCAAUAGAAUCAAUGAAAAAAAUUCUAUCUCCAAUAAUUUUGAAGGAAAGAUAUUGCAAAUUUGAUUCAAAGAACCCUUCAUCACGAUCAAUAAAAAAUGACGAACUUGAGUUAUUGAACGAUAGACAAACCACCAUUACCGAACUUCUAGAUAAUGCAGUAAACCAACAUCAAUUUAAUAGCAAACUAAGAAGUGUAUUGAUUGGUUCUAAUGGUAGAGAUAGAGUUUUCAUGGGCCAUAGCGAUUUUUUAGGAUUGGGUGGUUUCACUGUAGAUUCAAAUACAAUAAACGAAAUUUUAUGUGUUGCACAAAUAUCCUCAGAAAAUAUCAAUCAUCACCCAGCAGGUACAAUUACUCUAUCCAACGAAAAUGAAAAUUUCCAAGUUUCACAAUUUUCAAUUGAUGAUGAUGUAUUAAAACCAUUUAAUAGACACCAUAGUGCAAGAAGCCAAGAGCCACUUUGGGACCCCAUUUCUUGGGAAAACUAUAUUAAAAGUUUAUUAGCCUAUUUAUUCCUAAAAAGGGAUGAAUUCCCAAAACAAGUUGUAAAUGAUCUUACAUCAUUAAAAUCAAAAGGUCUUUCCUUAUCAUUACAUUUCUCAAACAAAGGUAUGUUAGGACUGGGAUAUACAGGUGGUGUAAGUUCAAGCUCAGCCUUAACAGGAGCAGUAAUUUUAGCAUUAAAUUAUUUAUUCGAUUGGAAUUUAACAAAAGAGCAAAUGGCUUCAACUGACUAUGCAGAAUACUUUAUGGGUAAAUCUGGAGGAGCGUCUGAUAAAACAGCACAACUUUUCUCAAAGAAGGGUAAAAUAUCAAUUAUUGGUUCAAUUCCUGAAAGAUUUAUUAAAUCAAUAAAAUUCCCAGAUGAAAUUUUAGUUAUCAUGGCAGAAAGCAGUAUACCCCGUUUAACAUCAUUAGCAGGUCGUCGAUGGAUUGCAGAUAACAUCGAAAACAAAUUUAUCAAAAACAAUAGUGUGGAUAUGAUAUUCCAUUGGGCAAAUCAAAUUAUGAAAUCAUUUGGAUCAAUGGUUUGUGUAGACUCUAUUGAAAUACUUAAAGAUAAACUUUCAAACCCAAAUGAAAUUGAAAAAACAUCACAGCUAACAGAUUUAACAGAUAUUGAAUUGAAAAAAUUAUAUUUAUCAAUCUCAAAAAAUAAUUUACUCCGUGACCUAUCAGCUGAUGGUGAAAUUGAAAAUCAGUUCCCAGAACUCAAGAACAACAGACUCAAGAGAUAUCAAUACAUAUACAAACUCCUUUUACUAUUACCAGAACACAAAAGGGGAAAGAAUGACCAAGAAUUUUGGAAUAGAAAAUCAAUUCUUUAUGUUCUCUCUGAACUAGAACGUGGUAUUGUAUAUCAACAAAUAAUAUGUUUUUUGAACCAAAACAACAACAAGAAACAAAAGAAACAACUAGUUAAAGAUUUAAUGACAAUAGUUAAAACAGCACACGAUGGAGAUAAACAACUAUUGGAUUACAGAGAUGGAUUCAAAGAAACUAAAUGGGUAGAUAACUUUAAUAAUAAUAUAGAUAAUGUUACAAUCAAUAACUGGAUCAAAGAAAUUGAUAAAUAUCUUUUACCAUCAUCUCUAAAAACAAAUACAUCAUUAAGUGGAUCUUCAAGUAUACCAACAAUGAAAUCAUCACUAUCAUUUAGCAAAGAAUUCGGAAUUGAUGAUAAAUUCAAUUUGUUCUACUUUUUAAAUAACCCAAAUACUCAUUCAAUAGAACUAUCCCUUAAAAUGGGUGGCUUCCAAAGAUCACUCCCAGAUUUCGACGACUUGGCAGAUGAACUAUAUUCAACAUUUAAAGAAAAAGCCGCAUUAAGGGUUGCUGCUGCUGGUUUGGGUGGGAAUGUUUGCAUUCAUGUAUAUUAUAAAAAGAUAAAUAGUGUCAUCGAUUGGAUUUCAAAGAGAAACUUUAAUGUUAGAAAAAUUGAUUUCCCUGGUCCCCCAACACAAUCAAUUUUCCAAUAAACCCAUUAUAAAUAAUAAAACAAAUUAAAUAAAACAAAUAAAUAAAUUUUAAAAAAAACAUUUAUUUACAAUUUU